UUUUUGGAUAUUUUGAUUUUGACGUGUACCUUGUCGCGUUUGCCUUAUUUACAACAAUUGUAAUUUACAUAAAUAAAAUCGUUUAUACACCAAAAUGUCUAGCGGUCAAUGGGAAGUUGUAGGUAAGAACAAGAAGUCUCAAAAUGGAAAAGUAAAAACAAUAAAGGAGGACGAAAAGAAGCCGACUCGUAAUGGACCGAAGCCUGAAGACGUUGCGCCACCGACUAAAUCGUAUUAUGCCGGUAUGGAGAUCGAUGACCCAAAGGCAAACGGAAAGAAGGCCAACAAAAACAAGAAGAAAGCUGAACCGCCCAAGCCGAAACCGCCGAAAACCAUUGAAGGAGCAUUUGAAGCUAUUGACACAACUGAGCUAGCAAAUAUCAUUACAACCAACAAAAUCCGGUUCAGCAAUGCACCCCUUGUCUGGUUGAAAGAAGUUGCCAAUUUCCUCAACUCCAAAACUCAAAUAGAAGUUGAAGACCCAACGUUUUCUGCCCAAGACCCUUUGUAUCCUCUGUCGGUGUUGCCUUUGGAAAUAAAGAGUUCAUUGGAGAAAGUGCUGACUGAUGCUGGGAAGGCUAAUGCUCAGCUGUUCUUUGAUGUUACUCUCACCGCUUUAGCUAAUGAUAUGAGCAGAGGGCAACUAGUAAACGGGCACCGCCUCCUUCUCCAAAUGCUGGCGCUGGAAUACCCCGAGUUCUGUGUGGCGUCCCUACAAAAAAGCGCAAGUCUACGGAACUCCUACCAGAACCGACCGCCCAUUGGACUGUCCCUGCUUUGGGCGUUCGGGCAGGGAGGGUUCAGCGACUUCUCAGUUGGUUUGAAAGCGUGGCAAGAACUAUUCCUUCCAAUAAUAGAGUUAAAGAAUUAUUCUAAGUACGUGGUAGGGUAUUUGAGCCAGUUGCUGGACCGGCACGCCAAGAUGGACGCCACAGUGAGCCAGGAGCAACUGUUGGCGAUGUUCGAUAUGGUGAACAGUAAGAAGGGCCUGUCUAAGGAUAUGUCAAGUGACCUUAUGAAGCAAUUAAGUAAAUAUAAGGAUAUAUACUUCAAUAAGAGUGGCGCUAAACUCCAAGUGACCUUUAACCAGAUAAUAAAGAAACUGCCCAACCAGUACUUGAGCGGUUCGAACCUGGACCCCUACAACCGAGUACUAGUGGAAAGUUUAGUAAACUGUUUGCAGCGGGACGACUCUUGUAACGCGACGUGGAGGCAGCUGUUCCAUCGCUGUCCUAAGCAGUCUGCCACUCUUCUAGAUUACAUAGAUUCUAACUGGGCAGAAAUCAGUCCAAAGCUAAAGCAAAAAUCCUUGAAAAUGACAGUAACUCAGUAUAAAGAGAUUAGUGUUGAAACUCUGAAAGGAAAGAAAAAAGAUGAAACCGUUGUAAAGACCAAUAAAAUUUGCCAGGAUAUUCUAGACAGAAUGACGAGCACUAGAAGAUUCCCUUGGCUGUGGGCGAGCUUCAUCUUACUGCUGGGCAUCGCUGGACUGAUCGCCUAUGAUGUAUCAACCGUUAAUGGAAACUUCCCGAAGAGCGCAACGGGCCGACUACUCAACGACCUAGGCGUCCUCGAGCAGAGUCAGCGAGCAUGGCAGAAAUCCCUCUCUGCCUCCGCUAGAGGCUACCUCUGGCUUGAAACCAACACCCCCAUCUACUACGCACAAGCGGCCGAUAUAGCCAAACCAUACGGACAACUGUCAAGAGACGCCUUCACAGUCGGUCUGAAGAAAGCUGGCAUCCUCUACGGAAACAUAAAGGAUUACAUCGUUGAGAAAACUCCAGUGGUUGUAGCAACUAUUGAACACUAUGUACCCGGAUUGGUGGAUAGUGUGGUUGGAUACACGACAACGGGGUAUGAAGUGUUGAAGAAGUAUUCGGUUGAGUACUACCAGUUUACUUCGGAGUAUUUGAAGACCAAAGUUUUUGUAGGCGAGUGGGCCCCUGAAGUGCUCCAGAACAAGACGCAGAGCGCCCUCAACGUGACGCGCGUGCGCGUGUCGUCCUACUGGCUCUGGCUCCGGACGCAGGUCGACGUGUACUCCGCCAUACCUUGAGGACCAGUGCGCUGCUCUCGCACCAAACCAUCGUGUGCGGAUGGAGGGGCUCGUUUGAAGUUCAUUUCUGAAUCUUUGUCAAUUGUUUGAAGGUCUUUAUAGUUUUCAGUGUCCAAUGCAAUUAGUUAUUUGAUAAUUGACAAGAUCUGUCAAAAAGAAAAUGUUGGGCCCACGAUACGCUGUGCAUUGUCUAUUUUAGUUCCUGUAAAUGCGGGAUUCCACCAGUGUGCGGGACAGGCAUAUUUAGUACAGAAAUGCUUGUCCCGCACACUGGUGGUAAGUCGCACGUAGUAAUCAAUUUGUUUUCAAUUCAAUUUGGUUCUGUGUCUAUGGUCUCUAAUGGCUGUCUUUUAUACAGCUUUUCAUGCAUUUAUUCCAAUUAAAAGUUAAUUUUAGAAAAAAAUUUGGAAUUGUUUAAAAAAAACAGCUUAUACAUGACUAUCAGCGGGUCUUGCAAACACAUUUUGGUUUAAAACGAAAUUAAUUAAAUUUUCCUUCUUUGUAUUUACUAAAAUUUUAGGAGUGAGACACAUGCACAAAUUAAUUAAGUUUUUACAUUGAGCAACCCUUCAGCCCCACUUUUACAUUUUGUUUAUAAAAACCCCUUUACAAAUCAGACAUGGUAACAUUUCAAAUCGAGUACAAUAGUUUUCGAAACACGUUUGAAUCGAACAAAACACCAUUUCAUUUAGAUGUUAUUAUUCAAAAAUCAUAUCUUUGAACCGCGCCCAUGAAAUUUAAAUCAUAGUUGUAUGCAUUUGCUAGUAUUUUUGAUGAAAUUAAACAUUCCCAAUGCAUUUUUUAAAUUAUUUGUCCAAUUUUAACACCAGUCGUUGAUUUUAAUGACUGAACUGAGUUUUAACUAAUCAUUGAAUUCGCAUAGUAUUGCAUACUUUUUCAAAUCUUUCACUAAGAUUUGCCGAUUAAUUAUUGACCCUAUGAGCUCGAAAAACUUGAAUUAUUAUGUAUAUUAGUAGGUAUAUUUAUGUUGGUAAAAUCUUGAAAGGUAAAUUUAUCUUUAGGACUAGUUCACACUAGGUGAACCGUCAAAGUUGUGUUGAUAGACGACCUAGUGUGAACACGCCCGUAUUGAAUUUUGAGUAAUGUAUUUAGUUUACCAUACAUCAAUAUAGUAAAAGUAGUAGUAUAUGUAAAGUGUAUUCGGGUAAUUUCGGAAAUUGGGUAAUCCCGAAAAUCAUAUUUCAUUGUAAUAAGUGUCCCAUUUCCGAAGUAUCCACUACUUAGUGUUUUUCCGUUUCGGAAUUACCCGAACACGCCCUACUAAACAUCGAAGAGCUAAAGUAAUUUUUCGAAUAUAAUAUUUAUGUUAUACUGCAUUAAAUAAUUAACCCGUCGAACGACCAUCAAACAAAUCGAUGCAAAGCAAUUUGACCCAUAUUGAUCUGUGGUAACACGUCGGAUACGUGCCAAAUUGGCACUGCCAAUUACGUCCACACUUUAUCAGGACCUGAUUUCGGGCCCGAAAAAGAACAUUUUUCCGUUUCACCAAAUAUCAGCACAUGGUUUACAAUAUUUGAAAUGUAAAAAAAAUGGUUCAGAUGCAAAAAUAUCAAACAUUGUACAUUUUUGGCAAUUAGAGACAAAGUAUUUUUUACAUUUCAAACAUUGUAAACGAUGUGCUGAUUUUCCGUGAAACGGAAAACGAUUAUCAGGCCUGAAAUCGGGAAGUGUGGAUGUAAUUCGGUUUAAAGAAUCUUUAUUGUCUAUGAAAUUGCAGAAAUUUCACUUAAAGACAACUUAUAAAUAGCUAACUUAAAUAAUCGGACAGACAGACGGACAUGACGAAUCUAUAAGGGUUCCGUUUUUUGCCAUUUGGCUACGGAACCCUAAAAACAAUAAUUAUUAUAAUUGGCGCUUACGACCCAAAUUGAGUUAGUAUCACACGUGUGUAACUAAGGCGCUCCACGGGUUAAACAUGUACCAAAUUGGCGGUCUAUGCAAGAUUUCUAAAUUUAUGACAGUUCGCUAGUGCUAAUUUUUAUAGUAGGUAUAUUUAUUUGUGUUAAUCGUGUGUUGAACAUAUAUACUAGGGGAACAUUUAUAUGUGUCUCAAAACUGUGGAUGUAAUAUGUAAUGAAUGUGCCGUUUACACAAAAAAAUAUUUUUAUUUAUAUUCUCUGUAAAAUAUAAUUUUGCUGUAGAUCAGUACUUGUUAUUUAGGUUGAGAUAUAUUGAAUGUUCUUUGAAAACAGGAGGGUUGGUGGUGUUACAGACGCUGAAUAAAAUUAGAAAUUGUUACCCUUUUAGUAAAAUGGCCUUAAUUAAAAAUUUUAUACGUAAACGAAAGUAAUCUAUUUUCAAUUAUUACUCUUUAAAACGCCAACCUACUUUGAUAAUAUAUAAACACCCAUGGCCGGUCAUAAUCAUACAAUCUUAUCAAGUGAAAUCGGCAGUCAAUUUCAGUUUUACGGCCCUACCACAUCAAACGAUUUAAUCAGAUGAGAAAAAUUGUCCCGUCUGGACUAGCCUUUAAUCUUUUUUUUUUUUAUACUACGUCGGUGGCAAACAAGCAUACGGCCCGCCUGAUGGUAAGCAGUAUCCGUAGCCUAUGUACGCCUCCAACUCCAGAGGAGUUACGUGCGCGUUGCCGACCCUAACCCCCUCCCACCCUCGUUGAGCUCUGGCAACCUUACUCACCGACAGGAACACAACACUAUGAGUAGGGUCUAGUGUUAUUUGGCUGCGGUUUUCUGUAAGGUGGAGGUACUUCCCCAGUUGGGCUCUGCUCUAGAUCUGGAAUGACAUCCGCUGACAAUCUCAACUUGUUUUUGGAAAUUUUAGUUUGGCCAUAGCCGUUACGAGUUAGUAUAAAUGUUGUGCUGUAUGAAAUUACUUUAAGGAGUCACAAUAAAAUAUUGUUAGUGAUUUUU